CGUUCGUCUGGUGUCAGUGUCCGUUCAGUGUCGAGGCUGACUCCCUGGCGUGCAGUUCUGGAAAAUGAAACCGAGGAUGAAGCUUCGAAUCUGUUUCGCUUUUAGCCUUCUGACGCUGGGCCAAGCACGAGAUUGUGAAAUUUAUCGUGUGAGAGGCUUCAAAAUUCCCUUGAGUGUUGGUUCAAGAAAUGUAUCCGUUUUGCUUGAAAAGGACAUGAAAAUCUGGGUCACCUAUCAACAACAGAAUGUAUUGACUGCAACCGAAAGGAAGUGGCAUGAUUUGACUACCAAGAAAAAUGGAUCUACCUUCUGCGUGGCAGCUCCAACGAUCCUCGGCGAAGAGAUAUGCAGAAGUCUUAACGUGAUUUCCUUUCGUACGAGCUCUACGACCUCCUGGAAGCUGGACUGUCCUGGCGUCGCUGAGGCGCCACAAGGCACUCGGCAGUGUCGCCGUCACCAGCUUUACGCCGUGUACCUCGGUCUUGAUUCCAUCCCAGCUUCGUUCUACUGGGAGCCUACCGCCGUGGCCACAGGUUUAGCGGCGUCGGAUAAGAACCACUCACAGCAGAUUUGGGCGAUGGACACGACUGUCUUGAAGGAUGUCACCUUAGGUCGCGAUUCCGGUGGCCGACCCUGUCGUAUAUGCAGUAAACUUCUGAACAGGAGUUCUCCAUGCGCUCAAAAACUCAGAAGUGAAGACUAUAUAACGUUUGAGAGUAUUGAUAAGGAUAACAUCCCGACUAUAAGUUACUUUGCCUUGGAAUGCAGGGGUAUCCCAGACGAAAACGUCACCGAAUCGCGCUCGCCCAGCGUUGUUCCUCCCUCGCCUCCGUGGCGUGCGUUGGCGACCGUCGGCGCAGUCCUGGUCCUAGUCGUCAUCGCCGUCGUCUUGGUCGUAGUAAGGGUGAGGAAGUCCAGGUCGUCGAGACAGGCUGCGAUUCCAGCCGACGACCUGCACGACCCCGGUUGCGAUGGCGACCGAGAGGACAAUCCCGACUAUUGCUACAUCGACUUGGUCGUCUUGAAGACCCAGCUGGAGGAGGAGAGGAGGGCCACGCGCACAGACCACGGCGGAGAGACGACCAGCCUGCGCAGCCACGACUCCGAGAACUCUAUGUACGGGGAAAUCCAUUCAGAUGUAUCGCAGAGAGAGGGGGAGUAGGGGAGGAGGGUUGGGGGGCACAGGAAAACUGCAUCGCAAGCAAGGAUCUUCAGUCUGAAUUCCUGCAUUUACACUAUACUUUGCCAAGAUUGAAAUCGGAGGUAUCAAAACAUCAGGAAAAAAAGGCAGACAAACCUUCCGAUGAAACGAAAAAGCGAAAAUAGGUGUCAUCUCGAGCCCGAUCAGCCUCUUCAUCAGGCCAGUGCGGUUCAUCGUCUGGUAGGGAGUCCAAAAUAUCUCGAAUUUGCAACUGAAAGAGCGUAAGAGUUAAUGCUCCUUUCAUACUCUGUCUGUUCCAUUUCGUCAGUAGAUGUUAGUAUUUCUUUCAUGCAGUUAUGGAUUUGUACCUGACAUAUUUAUUUGUCUUUGAGUUCUAUCCUAUUAGUUUUAGAUUGUCUCAUUCCGAGGCAUAUUCUCAAAUCAUGACAGUAAUGUUAAUGAUGAUCACUAUGACAGAAAUAUGGUUAAUGAUACUACUGAUAUUAAAAUUAAUUGUAGUAUCAAUCAAAAUUAUCCUACUAUAAUGAAUAUCAAUGCCAUUUUAAGGUCAUCAAUUUCAUCAUUUAUUAAAGAUAUUAAUGUUACAUUUUAUAGAAGAUUUUCAUUAAUAUUACAUUGAAACUCCAUAGUAUGAUUGUACUUUUUUGCAAGUUACAAGCAGGGACGGACCUUGUUAUCAGGUAUGUUAAAAAAAUACACUUAGAAAAGACGUUAAAGGUCCGGAACCAUGUAUUUCCUUUCGCUUUUCAUAAAACUUUCAUUAAUUAUU